AUGAUGUGCGAGGUGAUGCCGACAAUCACCGAGGGGGACUCGGGGGGACCUCCCCGGGGUGGAGGGACUCAGAACGGCUCAGACCCCGAAGCCAACUUCGAGCAGCUGAUGGUCAACAUGCUUGACGAGAGAGACAAGCUGCUGGAGUCCCUGCGCGAGACCCAAGAGACACUCAUUCAAUCACAGAGCAAGCUGCAGGGUGCACUGCACGAGAGGGACGUGCUUCAGCGUCAGAUCAACACUGCGCUGCCUCAGGAGUUUGCCACUCUGACCAAGGAGCUGAACGUGUGUCGGGAACAGCUGCUGGAGAAAGAAGAGGAGAUAUCUGAACUGAAGGCUGAGAGGAACAACACCAGGCUUCUCUUGGAGCACCUGGAGUGUCUGGUGUCUCGUCACGAGCGCAGUCUGAGGAUGACGGUGGUGAAGAGGCAGGCUCCUCCCCCCUCUGGGGUCUCCAGCGAGGUGGAGGUCCUCAAGGCCCUCAAGUCCCUGUUUGAACACCACAAAGCCCUGGAUGAGAAGAGCAAUGUCAUGCAGCUUUGGAUCUCCUCCUUCAUUCUGUGUAUGUCUGGGCUAAAUCCAGAACAUGCCUGCCUACUGCUGACCAAUGUGAGGCAGAGGAAGGAGGGAGACUCUUUGGACAGGAACGACACUUCCAAACCCACCUGGAAGAGGCUACCUAACGGUUCCAUAGAUGCCCAUGAUGACGGCAGCCGGUCGGUGGAGCUGCAGGACCUUCUUGACCGGACCAAUCAGGAGCUGGAUCAGAGCCGUGAGUGUUCGGGCACGCUCAGUACACGCGUGGCAGAGCUGGAGGCGGAGCUAGCCAACACUCGCCGAGAUCUGAGUCGCAGCGAAGAGCUGUCAAUCAAACAACAGAGGGAACAGAGAGAGGGGCUGGCGCAGAGGGAAGAUAUGGAGGAGCGGAUUACAACGUUAGAGAAACGUUACCUGGCCGCUCAGAGGGAAACCACCCACAUCCACGACCUCAACGACAAACUGGAGAACGAACUGGUUACCAAGGACUCUCUGUACCGACAGAGUGAGGAGAAGGUGCGCCAGCUGCAGGAGUUGUUAGAGUUGGCAGAGCAGAGGCUGGCUCAGACCAUGAGGAAGGCUGAGACACUACCAGAGGUGGAGGCAGAGUUGGCACAGAGGGUGGCAGCCCUCACCAAGGCGGAGGAGCGUCAAGGCAACGUGGAAGAGAGACUCAGACAGCUGGAGUCACAACUUGAGGAGAAGAACCAGGAACUGGGCAGGGCGCGUCAGAGAGAGAAGAUGAAUGAAGAACAUAACAAGCGUUUGUCUGACACGGUGGAUCGUCUGCUCACGGAGUCUAACGAGAGACUGCAGCUUCACCUUAAAGAACGCAUGGCAGCACUGGAGGACAAGAACUCCCUGAUCCAGGAUCUGAAGAACUCCCAGAAACAGCUGGAGGAGUUUCACCACACCAGGGAGCGUCUGAUUGGUGAGAUUGAGAAGCUGCGGAACGAGAUCGACCACCUGAAACGCCGGAGCGGAGUGUUUGGAGAUGGAGCACACCCACGGUCUCAAAUGGGCAGUGCCAGUGACCUGCGUUUCUCAGGGGUAGAAGGGCAGGAUGGACACUACAGCUCUGCUGUUCUCCUCCCUGUUGUGUGUGCGGUGUGUGAGCAGGACUACUCGUCUCUACGGGGCAGCGUCAGUCACCUCCUGGGCGGUGACAUGGAAGCAAAGUCAGACCUAGAUGAUGAUGUUAGCUCCGCCCUCCUGUCACCCAACGGCCAAUCAGAUGCACAGACCCUGGCUCUGAUGCUGCAGGAGCAGCUGGAUGCCAUCAAUGAGGAGAUCAGGAUGAUCCAGGUGGAGAGGGAGUCAGCUGACCUCAGGGCAGAUGAGAUAGAGUCUCGUGUGAACAGCGGUAGCAUGGACGGACUCAAUGUUACACUCCGCCCCCGAACCAUGCCAACCUCAGCUACAGCCCAAUCGCUGGCCUCCUCCUCAUCCCCGCCCACCAGUGGAUGCUCUACUCCCAAACACCACGCCCACAGUGCCAGCCACCAGCUGGGCAUCAUGACCCUGUCUCCAGUGGAGACCCGUGAGGACAAGGCUACUAUUAAUCUGAGACUGGACACCAACUUCGCCCAACUCACUGGCAGUCUGGAGGACGGACGAGGGGGUAAAGCGAAGAAGGGCAUCAAGUCGUCUAUAGGUCGUCUGUUUGGGAAGAGCAAGGAGAAGGGCAGGAUGGAGGGAGGAGGGACCCUGGGGAGGGAGGGACAGCCUUUACCUGCCCUGAUGCUAGGAGUAGACUUUGAGCUGAGCAUCGGAGACACCAUGACUCUGGGCAAGCUGGGCACACAGGCAGAGAGAGACCGCAGGAUGAAGAAGAAACAUGAGCUGCUAGAGGAGGCCAGGAGGAGAGGACUGCCCUUCCCCCAGUGGGAUGGACCCACUGUGGUCUCCUGGCUAGAGCUGUGGCUGGGGAUGCCCGCCUGGUACGUGGCAGCGUGUCGUGCCAACGUGAAGAGCGGUGCCAUCAUGUCUGCCCUGUCUGACACAGAGAUCCAGAGGGAGAUUGGCAUCAGUAACCCCCUGCACCGCCUCAAAUUGAGACUGGCCAUCCAGGAGAUGGUCUCCCUCACCAGCCCCUCUGCCCCGCUCACCUCUAGAACGGUACUCAUACCCACACUGCCCCUCACCAGCCCCUCUGCCCCGCUCACCUCUAGAACGUCCUCCGGAAAUGUGUGGUUGACUCAUGAAGAGAUGGAGAACCUGGCUUCCUCCACUAAAGCGACGCUGGCGUACGGGGAUAUGAACCAUGAGUGGAUUGGUAAUGAGUGGCUGCCCAGCCUGGGUCUGCCUCAGUACCGCUCCUACUUCAUGGAGUGUCUGGUGGACGCCCGCAUGCUGGACCACCUGACCAAGAAAGACCUCCGCACACACCUCAAGAUGGUCGACAGCUUCCACAGGUCAGUCACCAUGACCUUCGACUACAGCAGCCUGGCUCUCAUUCUUCAGAUCCCCAUGCAGAACACACAGGCCCGGCAGGUUCUAGAGAGAGAGUUCAACAAUGUCCUGGCCCUGGGCACCGAUCGCAGACUGGAGGAGAGUGGGGAUGAUAAGACGUUCCGCCGCUCUCCAUCAUGGCGUAAGCGUUUCAGGGCGCGGGAGGGAGGGGAAGGGAUGGGUAUGAUGGCGGGCUCCAUGGAAACCCUGCCCGCUGGGUUCCGUAUGCCCUCCAUGCCCCUGGUGCCCAGGAAACAGCUGCAACCAGAAGGAAUUGAAUUGUGGAUGCGAUACAGGUGUUUGGCGACUCACUGA